AUGGCAGCCAUGGCAGCCUCUCGAUGUGUUGGCUUUGUGGGCCUUGGGAGUAUGGGCUCAGGCAUGGCAGCCAACUUGGUAGCGAGACUAGGGGCGUCAACAGACAAGGCGCUCCCUUCGCGCCCGCGCCUUCUUUUGUUCGACGCUCGCCCUGAAGCGGUGGACCGCCUACUCGCGGCAAACACUGCCGCCAUGACACGGCGGGCUUCCAGCUUGGAGGCUCUGGCGGCCGAGUGUGGCAUGAUUCUUCUCUGUUUACCAGAUGGCGCGGUGGUGAAACGCACCGUGCAGGCCAUGGUCUCCUCUUUGCAACCAGGAUCACUCGUGGUGGACAAUAGCACCACUUCACCUGCAACGGCCCGGGAAACUUCGCAGCUUUUGUCGGAACGAGGCAUCGCUUUCCUGGACGCGCCCGUCACCGGUGCGCCACAGCGGGCCAGCGAUGGCACGCUGACGGUCAUGGUCGGAGGAUGUGAGAAGCGCUUAGAAGAAGCCCGGCCGGUCCUUAGCAGCUUCGCAUCGAAGGUGCUGCACAUGGGAGCCACCGGCAAUGGUCAACUUUCCAAAGCUCUUAAUAAUUGUUUGUACAACAUCAGCUGUGCGGCCAUGGCCGAGCUGCUGCCCUUUGCGGCCCGAGCCCAGCUGCCGCUGGAGGAGUUUGUGGAGGUGGUGAGCUCGGGCACCGGCCAGUCUUUUGGUUUCAAUCAAUGGGCCCCACGGAUCCUGAAGCGCGAGUUUGAAGCGCCAAAGCAUGGCUUUCCGAUGGGCUCCGCCUUCAAAGACUUUGAGACGUUGCAGGAGGCCUUUUCCAACGAAGGAGAGCUGGUUGAAAUUGUGGUCUACAAUGACCAGGGGCAGAUGCAGGGGACUAUCCUGGUCGAGCUGUUGCGAGAAUAUGAAGAUCCCGCCCAUGAAGGACGAUCAUGGCUGGGAAAAAUCCAUGCCUGCCAAGAUGACUACUUCGCCUGGUGGGUGUCCACCACUUAUGAUCAAGGAGAAGCAGGCAUCCACUUUUGUGGUCGUCGUGGAGACCACUGUUCAGUGCGGACUCCCUUUAGGGACGUUCUACACGUAGACGUGUUCCGGAUGCUGCCUGGAGACUCAGCCCUCUCCCUUCCUUGGCUCUCCGAAGACCAGAAGAAUCUCGUCACACAAUUGCUGAAGGCUUCUGGGCCUCCACCGCCAGGCUCGGGGCAAGUCCCUGGGGCUGGUGCUGGAGAGCCUGGGGGCCGGGGCAAAGUGGAAGGAGGCGAGCCAGGAAUUAGAGGCCUGGCUGCAGCCUUGGCCGGCGGAGAAAGGGAAUCGGACGCUGGAGAAGUGGAGAACGAGCCCAAGGAGAAAAAGACGAAAAAGAGAAAAGCUGGCCGCGAGAAAGACGAGGACUAUGGACAAGGGCUUCAAGAAAAAAUUGCAAAGCGGAGCCCGCCUAAUGUGGGAGCAUCGGCCUUGCGACUGAAGCUGAAGAAGAAGAAGGCCUCAAAGAAGAAAAAGAACAAGGACAAAAAGAAGACAAGCUCCAGCAGCGAGUCCUCAGAUCGAUCUGACUCGCUUUUUCAACUGGCCGCCCUGCCCGCAGGCACAGAGAAGAUCCACCGGCUUCACGAGGAGAGACCGGGGACUCUGGCGAAUCUCACCCUCCUGAAGUUUCAGGAGAUCUUGGAGAGAACCGUCGGGUUGAGCAGGGGAACGGCCGAGAACCCGCAAGAAGAGAGCCUGCCACCGGUCGCACGGGGCUACCUCACACAGAUCCUGUUGACGAGGUUUCCAGAGGCAGCAGCGGGGCUGCGGAAUGUCCGCGAGCUGCGCACCUUGGCGGCGAUCAUAGACGGCAUCUGUCAAAACGACAGCAUGCGGAGCCUGGACGUGGCAGUUCAACGGUUCAAGAGCAUCGAACUGUUCAUGUCCCAGGGCUCGUGGGAGCAAGGCAACCUUCUGGAACUGAUCCCAAGCGAAGGGGAAGCGAGGUCGUACUUCCGGCCGGAACUGAAGGCAACGCAGCAGGAGCUGAAAACAGAACAGCGCCUGAGAGCGGGGCCCUGGCAGCCACGAAGGAACCAAUGGGCUCCGAGAUGGGAGGAUCGGCAGGCGCCUCAUGCCGAAGCAGUGGAUCCCGGCGGAGCAGAAGCAGGCAAAGACGAGAAGCCGCCAUCGAAUCGUCCCGUGCCCGGAGAAGAAAUCCGAAAGGUCAUGGAAAAUGGAACUUUUGAAGAUGAAAGAGGGCAGUGGAUGAGAAGAAUCCUCUAUGACCUUCUAGAGCACCCCCAGGUGCGGCAGUACUAUGAUGAGCUACGCUGCCUGGUACAGGCGCCAACAACAUGGAAAGAGGUGGAACACAGGUUCAGUGAAAUCUUGGUUGAGAUGAUGGAUGAACCAGAAGAGAAGCUUCUGGAGAGCCUUCGAAACACCUUCAAGUGUCUGACAGAAGAUGAUCCGAAGCCUUUGCUCAAGUUGCUGGGGGUCCCGCAGCCACCUUCGGGGCCGUCCCCGGAGGCGGUGAAGGGGCCUCUGGCGCGCGAGUAUAGAGGUGUAGAGAUCAGAUACCGAACGGAGCUUUGGGUCGGCCAAGAUGGCGGUGUGUUCGUGGGACGAUCGAAACCUGGACGGCCGGGAUGCGUCAUCCAUGAGGAUUUUGGACGCCACCUGGAUCGCGAACUUUUUCGAGAAGCCCUUCUGGGGAAGCCCCUGUAUGUUGAUGAAGGCGAGGAAGACCUUGCCGUCGAGGUGGUCCAGGACUUUAACCUGGCACGGGGACCUGAGGCCCGAAGGGUUGAUUGGCAGGCAGAAUGGCUCAAGACCUGGCAAAGGCUUCUUGGGCAUGGGGUGUCCCUGAGUUACACCGGGGUGGCUCUGAAGUUGAUGAUUCGGAGUCGCCCUGGAAGCUUGGGGAACUUCUCGCGACUGUUCAAAUGCUGCGCUCUGAGGAACUUUCAGGGGCACCCCGCAGAGCUGUUGCCAAUGGCCCUGCCUGACGACACCGCGGAGGAGCAGCAUGCCUUCGGGGCCUUGGUAAAAGCGGCAGGGGCUGCUCAUGACCCCAGUGAUGAAGACUGGUCCGCAGUUGAAAAGUCCUGUGAGAAAGCUGGCAUUGCUGCCUGGUCAUGGUUGCAGGUGCUUGGUGUGAAUGCGCUGUACCUGGGCGGAGGCACUGACCGAUGUCUGAGCACUCAGAUGGCCCACAGCUGUGAGUGGUCUCCCGGCCAACAGGCUUUGAUGUCAAGAGCCCGGGAGCUGGCUGAGAUAUGGCUUGAAAAAGGUGAAGGGAAGAUUGAAAUAGGAGAAUGGGACAAAAUCAGUCAGUCGCUGGACGGCAUCUAUACGGGACCAGAGGUGAAGAAGGCCUAUCCCUUGACGGUGGAAGGUAUCCUACCCACUACCCCUGCGGCAGAUGAAGCAGGGCGAAUUGAGCUGGCGGAAGUGGUCGCACCUGAGCUCAAGAGCUUUGUGCUGAAUCCUGAACUCCUGCGCAUCCCGGACGAUGAGCUGAUCGACCCGAGGACCUUUGCCAAAGUCCAUGUUGACAGUGAUGAGGAAUGGAAUAGAGUUGUCGCUCACCUCGUGAAGGCAGGAAUGCUAGAGCGUGAGGAUCCACACGAGACUCUGCGCUACAAAGAUGAGGCCGUCAGGAAUGGUGCUUUCGGUGUGCACAAGGGAUGGCAGCAGAGGGAGGAUGGGUCCCUCUUCCGGACACUUCGGCUGAUAAUCAACCUCAUCCCCUCAAAUGGUUUCCAACGAAAGACCCCUUGGCGCCCUAGCCAGAAAAUGGGGUACAGUCCGCUCUGGGGACAGAUGGUUGUCCUUGAGGAUGAAGUGGUGAUGAGCUAUGGGGAGGACCAACGCCAUUGUUUCCACAUCUACCGCCCAGGAUCGAAGUGGAGAGGCUACUUCGUCCUCAGCAAGAAGGCGGCAGGAUGGGCUUUUGCAGACUCCAGCCAGGAGGCCAGCUACCCAAGAGUUAAGACCGCGCCAAUGGGGUGGUCAAACGUCGUGGACUUCAUUCAGAGCGGUCUGGAAAUGAUGGGAACUCAGGCUGGAAUGAGCAUCAAGCAUGCGGUUAGAUUGGGAGAUGCCCUCCCAGCUCUUCCACUUGACACUCCAAGGACAUACUACUCUUGGUAUGUUGACAACUGGGACUCUUUCAAGAUCGUGGCAAAGAGUGACAUGGGGGAAUAUGAAGGAAAGCCUUCGGAUGACCAGCUGAAGUUGAGAGCUGUCUUUAAACUUUGGGAUGUUGGGAGAGACCCAAAGAAGGCAGCAGAAGGAACUCUGAGCUGGUCCUCCCUGGGGGCUGAAGUGGAUGGCGGCCGAGGAUUGGUUGGCUCGAACACAAAGUUCCGAAGAGGGAUCCUCGGAGCCACCAUCAACCUGCUUCAGGCGCCUUGGAUCCGAACCGAUUCACAAGAGCUGCAGGCACUGGUCUCAAAGCACAUGCACACGGUCCAAUUCUGCCGCCCGCUGGCUAGCGCCUUCGAUCAUUUGUAUCGGGAGGUGGCGAACCCAGGGGGUGGUAGGAACUUGAAUGACUUGGCCCGUGAUGAACUGUUGCUGCUGAGCAGUUUGCUGCCGCAACAUUGGAUCAACCAACGACAUACGCCUUCGGGAACAGUGUUUGCCACUGAUGCUUCAGAAGAAGGAGGAGGAGCGUGCCAAAGCACGGGUCUCAGCGAAUGGGGCCAUCAACGUUGCCAUGGCCUGAGUUAUGCCGAAAAUGGACUGGAGGGAUCCGCGGCUGAUGACCUCUUGGUGGUUGAAAUGUUUGCUGGCAUGGGAGGGCUGAAACAAGCCCUCGAACUGAUUGGUAUGGUUCCUCAGGGGAUUAUCAGUAUCGAUAAUGACCCCACCAGCAAAAAGCUUUCGAGAGCCCACUGCAGGCACGGGAUUUUGUAUGAUGAUGUCAAGACCAUCACCAAAGAAAUGGUGGUUGAAUGGAGGAGACAGUUUCCACGAGCCCGCCAGAUCCUGUUGGCAGGGGGAUGGCCGUGUAUUCAUCACUCCUCCCUGAAUGCCAAUCGGCAGGGAGCAGCUGGCGCUACGAGUCAACUGUUGGAUGAGAUGAUGAAGAUCCGGAGCUGGAUAAAAGAGGCAUCAGCAGCCCAUGGAUUGCCCUCAUGGGACUUAUUGGAGUUCUAUGAGAACGUGGUGAUGGACAAGAGCGACCUUGAAGUCCAGAGUGAGAAGAUUGGAUGGCUGCCAAUGCAUGUUGAGGCGGCGGAUGUGGGAAGAUGCCGUCGACCUAGACUCUACUGGGUGAAAGGCAUUCAAAUGAUCAAUGGAAGCGACCUCAAAGUCGAGCAGCAGGCAAAGAUCCGUGAUCUUGAGAUUGCCCUUGAUAAGGGAGUGAUCAAAACGGAGAUCCCUCCGCUGGACUGGUUCCUCAACAAGGGGGCCAAGAAGCUGAGCCAGGAGAACGAGCCAUUCUACACGUUUACCCGGCCAAUCAUGCGGAAGGAGCCGCCACCUUCCCCGGCAGGUCUCGAGCGGGCAUCGCCGAAGGCGCUCCAACGAUGGCGGGGAGACAGCUUCAGGCUGCCCCCGUACGCCUACGAGAAUGCCAACCUGGUGACUGACAAGAGUGGGCCCAGGCGAUUGCUGCCCGAUGAGCAGCUGAGGAUGAUGGGCUACACCAGCUCACAUCUGACCUUGAAGUCAAAGCUCACCAACGACCAAAAAGGCCAUUUGAUUGGGAACUCCUUCAGUGCCAUUGUUGUGGCCAGACUCCUGACCGGGCUGGCGCUGGAUGACGAUCAGGGCAAGGACGUAGAUCUGACAAAGGCCAUCUGGGAAAGUUGGCGUUCCCUCGAGGACCAAGUUGGCCGGGAACAGCAGCCGUGGCGGACACGCUUCGGGCAAGGGCCUCGGGCGGGCCAGGGGGUGGUGGCCAUGCGCCGUCGUGUGCUGCCACCCGCCGAUCUUCCGCUCAAGGCCAAAUUGGACCCACAGAACCGCCUCACCGACGAAGAGUUGCUGGCCUACAUGCUGACGCGGCAGGCGGUCCAAAAGGGCUGUGACAUCCGGGUGGACCUCAACCAGCCAUUCUCCUAUGGCACUAUGUGCCGACACUCCAUCGACCCAGGAAAUUGGCGAUGGAAAGUCCUCCUCUCCUAUCAGUGGAAGAAAGGGGGCCAACAUAUCAAUGUGUUGGAGGCCACCGCCAUCCUUGACUUGGCACGAAAAUUGGCCCGUGAACCAAAGCACCAUGGAAUGAGAUCGAUCCUUUUGGUCGACAACAUUGUUUCACUCUCGGUCAUUGCAAAGGGCCGUAGUUCUGCUCGCUCUCUUCAAGCUCCACUUCGACGAUUGACAGUGGUCUUGUUGGCCGCGGACCUCCGGUUCUACUUGGGCUGGGUCAAAAGAAGCUGGCGUCUGCAUGGGUCCUGGAGCCGUGCUGAGUUACCGGAUCGUGCUUUGCCCUUUACUCCACUGAUGGCCUAUGGACUUGCUCAAAUGGCUUUUAAUAAAGGUUGGAAGGAUCUUUGCAUGGUGAUCCUACUGGGCUUUACCAUGUUUGCCCGAACGGGAGAGCUUUUUCAGGCAAAAGCAGGUGACUUUGUUUUUGACCACCGACUGCGAAAGGGUGUCUGGUCUCUUCCACUGACCAAAUCGGGGCAACGGGCAGGGGUCCGGGAAUCCUUGACAAUCGAAGACCAAUGGCUGUUAGUGGCACUCAAGAACUACUGCAAGUCCCUUCACCCAGGAGAUACGUUGCGGAAAGCCUCGCCCCAACUGAUGCGGAAUCGUUUCAAAGAAUUACUACAGGAAGCUAACCUUCCCCCAGGCUUUGCCUUUUAUUCCCUACGCCGCGGCGGGGCGACCCAUGCCUAUAGGCAAUCUAAUAAUCUCUCCUGGGUCUGCCUUGUUGGCAGAUGGGGCCAUGAGAAAACAGCCCGAAUUUACAUCACUGAUGCCUUGGCACAGCUGACAGACAUUGGCCUGGAGAUCCCUCCCGUCCUGGCUGGUGCACUGGCGACCUACAAAGAAGCCCUGACUCGGGGCCUGGCGGAUGAGCAUAAAGGAGCGAUGGUAAAGGUGUGGGAGCGCAAGAUGGACGUGACCUGCUCUGCAGCAAAGUCUUGA